GAUGAAACCGUAUUAAUCUGAUGGCAUAGAUGAUGAAUUCCUUGACGGUGUAAUGUACAAUGCGAUGUCAUGAUGAGAGCUUGCCGAGAUGUACUUGGAAGUCGGUAAGCGACCAUGUCUCAGGACUGGUGCAGGCAUGCAGGUAACAGAUCCAGGUAGUAUUCUAUAAGACAAAGGCUAGGUCCUAGUACACAAGCCAACAUAACAAGCCGAUUGUUUUCGCAUAUCCUAAAUCAUGAAUACCGAACAGUCAGAUGUGAUUGAAAAUUCCGUGACGGUGGAAAUCAAAGACAAGACAGAAGAUAUCAACCAGUUUGAUUCUGUGUCGAAUGUUCGUUCUCAACCUGACAGAGCCAGAGAAGCUGUGUCAAAACAAGCUCUGAAGGAUUCCACUAAUACACAACACAUGGACAGUAACAAGCGAGCCGCUGAGGGAGGAGGCAUUACACAUAGCCAUGAAUUUGCACCACAUGUGGCACCCCCUCAGAAAACAAAAAAGAUGAAGAGAGGUAUAUUCAUUUCUUACUCCCCUGAUGCUGGGUUUGUAGAGAGGAAAUUUGUGGUGGACACAGUGCGACAGCUAAAGGAAAACAAUCUUGCAGAGGAUAUUUGGUUUGAUAAGGACGAAAAAAACACAGACAGCCCUGUGUGGUUCUCUUUGCGCAUGGAGGCAGUGGAAAAAUGUCGUGCCUCAAUUCUAUUUUUCUCCCCAAGUUACUUUUCAUGUCCUGUGUCAAUGUAUGAAAGUAAAACACUUUUACAAAGACGACGACAAGACCCGCACUCUGUAGCCAUUUUUCCCAUCAUCUUCUCAUCUUUAGACAACACAGAAAUUCCUAAAGAUUACUUCUUAUUAAUAAAACAUGCAGUAGAUUUAAGUAAAGACCAUGUGAAAAAGAGUCUAGCAGAGAAAACAUCAGUAGUUAUAGGGGGUAUUAUGGAGGAACUAGAAAAAUAUGCCUCCAUGAAUAUUCCCCCUACACCUGUGCCACCACCUGACACAGAAUUCACAGAGGAGUACAAAAAAAAGAAGAUAUGUCAGUGGAGUGCUAGUGACCUACAGGAGUGGCUCUUCAAUUUGGGAAUAAAGGAAUUUUAUCGUCAAAGUUUGGCUGAAAAUAUGGUGGAUGGAUUUCUGCUAAUGUCAUUGACAGACCAUGACAUGAUUCAACACCUUGGGAUCGAUAGUCGUGUUGUUCGCAAAAAGAUCAUGCAGCAGAUUCUCAUCACGCUGGACUUGGAACACAAACAGAAAGACAACUGGCAUCUUCGCGCGCGUGCUCUACGUGCUAAACCCGAUGUCAUCUAUCUGGUGUAUGAUCCAGCAGAUGUCCGACUCGCACAGAAUCUUAAAGCCGACUUGAAGAAGAAAAAUCUGCAGGUGCUACACCAUGACAGCAUGAAACUAGGAAAAUCCAAGGAAGAGUUCCUGCUCAUCAAUGGGCCUGUCAUGGCCACAUCAUCCCAAAUUGUAGUCCUUCUGACAGAUGCUUCCACCACAUCUCCCUUUGUCUUCCAUGAGGUCCUGUUUGCCGACUGGCUUGGCAAGAAACUUGUCACUGCCAUGUUUAAAAAUGUCUGGAUGAACUUCAGGGCCUCCUUGAAAGCGGUGCUAGGUGAAUGCCCUUCUGUCGAUUUUGAAACCAAAAUGUACAACGAGAGUCUGGAUGUAUUGGAGCACCACAUCAAACCCCUGAGGCGAGUUCCAGGUGUAGUCCUGGAACAGGCGUAUCUCAACAAGAUGGCGGAAGGUCUCAAGCCUCUCGAGGUCCUGGGCACUGUCUCACCAGGGACACAGUCACAGUACUAUAAGGAAGGUGAACCUCAGGUAUUCAUCAGCUACCAGUGGGACAUGCAGGGGAAGGUUCUAGACAUCAAACAGAUGUUAGAAAACAAUGGGCUUCAGUGCUGGGCUGACAUCACUAUGGCUAGCACCACCCAGCCACGCGGCCACAGCAGCAAGAGUAGUCGCAGCAGUGUAACCCUACUGGAGGUCGGUGGUGAGACUCUUCAGAGCCAGAUCCAACGCAACAUGAAGGCUUCAGCUGUAGUUGUGAGCUGUAUCACUCCGAAAUACCUCCAGAGCGACAACUGUAAGAAAGAUCUAACUCUGGCAGAGACAUUCAAUAAACCAAUCAUUCCUGUACUUCUCCGGUUCUCUCCCCUUGAAAGUGCCCCAGACCAGGUGCGAAAGAUUAUUGCCAAGUAUAGUUGUGUGGACCUGAGUAACGACCGCCUGUACAAGCAGCACAUGGCAGUGGUAUUGGAGAGAGUCAAAAAGUAUGUAGUACCGCGAGGGUACAGCUGAUUUCUGGUGACAUAAUCAUGUUAGACAAUAUGUGAUAUUUUAUCAAGUUCAUAUUUUGAAGAAAAAAAACACACUGUCUUAAAGUUUUCAUCCCUUCAUUGGAGCAUGAUAAGUAUGGGAAUACCUCAUAAACACCUGGAAUUUGCUUUUGUGCAGUGUAGAUAUGUGAUGUAUAUUUUCAGAUCAUUGGCCAGAGCUUGAUACAGGUAAUAAAGUAAUCUUUUACACAACUACCGUAUUCAUUCAACAAUAAGUCAAUGCCUUGUAAUAAGCCCUCCCAUAUAUAAAUGCUAUUUCAGUGUACUGCAAUAAGCACCUAUCCACUUUGUCAAAAUCUGUGUGUUGUCCCUCUUGGCUUAUUACAGGAUAAAUACGGUCAUGACAUCUGAAUGCUUUUCAGAAAGUUCUCAGAUUUUAUAUAAUUACUACAGUACAAACUUACCAGGAAUAAAUAUGAAUGAAUUGAAACUUUUAUACUGUAUUAAAAUGUAUAUAAUAAGCAAUUUAAGGUGUAAUACUAAAAUCAAGUAACAUUAAUCUUGACCUAUGACCAAAUUUUAAAGGUCAUGGCAAUUUUAAUUUUUAUAAAAUAAUAAAGUUCCCUCACGCCUUGAAGGCUAAUAACAUUUAAUUACAAAAAGGCAUUAGAAAUAUAGUGCCAUAAUGAACAAUCAUGCUGAUUAUAAUAUGUCUUUGGUUGCUUUAACCAAACACUUGCGUUGUUUAUUGUGCGACACUUUCACAAAUCCCUAAAAUGCAAUGAUGUGUGAUUGUUCUGUGAAGCACAAGUUUGACACAAUUUACUGACCAGAAUGUUUGGACUUUGGAAUUUGUACAUUAUUAUGUGAUAUGUUUGUAAUGUAAAAUUAUCAUUGGCAUGGCUGUGAUUACUGUAGUGAUGUUUUAAUAUGGUUAUUUUUGUUUUGAUGUACUGGUAUGGUCGGUGAUUGUGGUGAAUGGUGUGUGUACCAGUAUGGGUGGUGAUUGUGGUGAUUGGUCUUGUAUACCAGUAAGGUAAUGAUUGUGGUGAAUGAAUGCUGUAAUGAAAAAAUGUAUACUGUAUAACUGUAGAUGUAUAUAAUUGAAUAAGUUCUGAAAUAUUUCUCGUCAGGAUUAUUUUUAAAAGUACUGUUUUGAAAAAAUAGUUCUGACUUACUGUGGUGAUAUUGCUCAUACCAACUGUCCAUUUAAUGGAUAGAAGUUUAAUUAAUGAUAAAAUUCUGUAUGCCAGCUGUGACCAUCUAAAGUCAAAAGAGAAACCAAAUCAGACCUUCAGGUGCAUCAAUUGACCCAACUAAGGCAGGAAUUGGAGUGGGUCAUGUGACCCUACCAGGCAUACCUUCAGAUGUAUCAAAUUACCUCACCAUAGUGGGUUUUAAAGUGCAUCAAAUAACCUCACCAAGGCAGGCCUUCAGGUGCAUGUUUCAUCAAAGAACUCUACCAUGACUGGUCUAAAGAUGCAUCAAAUGCCACACAGACCAGACCAAGAUCGGCCCUUGGGGCAUCAUCGGGAACACACAUAUAUUGGACACGUCUAAUUACCCCACUAAGUCAGCCCUGUGGGUGUGUCAGUGGACAAAAGGCUAUCUUUUAAUAUGCUGAUACAUUUGUAUUCUUAAUUUUAACUCUUUAUUAAAUCUUCUAUCAAUAUGGUUUGCUAAGAUGAAUUAAAAGAUAUACCUGAUAUGUAUACAAUAAUAUAAUGUCAGUCAAUUUUAUUCAAAUUAGAACAUUGUAAGGCUGGUUAUUUUGGUCUACAUGUGUGUAAAGUGAAAGUGACGGGUUGUUUGUAAAACUGGAUCUGCGUUUGUUUUUUGUAAAAUUAUUGAUUUUAUGUAGAACACUUAAAGUAAGACAUGUUUGGUUUGUGUAUAAAAUAAAACCUUGUCAGUCUGAACACUUCUGUUGGCAUAUUAAGUGAAACUUUGAGUGUCUGAAUUUGUUGAUUUUCAAAAUUUCCUAGAAUAUUAUAAUUCAGCACUUAGAAGGAAUAAAUUCCUUUGAAAUAAUGAUUUUUCACUAACAAAUAAUAAGAGAUAUAUGUUCAUUCUAGAUUAAGUUGCCCAGGCAGUAUACUGUGAUUAUAUGUACAUAUGUUUACUUUUAAAACCUUUGGAUAACUUGUCUAUUCAAUGAUUUGCAUGUACAGAGGAGCCCACUUAUUUGCAUAUCGCUUAUUUGAAUAAACCACUUAUUUGCAUAAAAUUCUCAGGUCCCGAUUUUUUUCUUCUUUAUCAUUGUAUGUACAUGUAUUUAAUUAUAAUGAAAAGAGAUAAUUGAUAUGAAAUAAGAUAUUACUGAGUCAAUGAUUUAUUUUGUUAACAUGGUUUAUUUGAUAAUGGUAAUACAAAUAUGAUUGUGUUUGGAUUUUCAGCUUAUAUUAAUAUUAUGUACAAAAUAAGGGGACCAUAUUCUCAUUGAAUUGAUGAAAAUUUAACAAUUGGGAAUUUUAUACAAAAUAUUCAUUGACAUGUUCCUGAAUGUGAUAGAUGUUACAGAAGUAGGCAUUUUGAUAACUAAAAAAAAUCAUUCUGAUAUUAACUGUACCAAUUCAACCUUUAUCCAAUGCCAUAGUCUAUGGCGUAGUAUGUUGAAUACACUUCCAGGUGAAAGGCUUUAAUUUGUGAUACCUUGUCUACUACCAUUUUACACCACAUUGUUAAAUAUCAAUCGCAAUCAACCUCAACCUUUUAAAUUUUUUUGUUUUUAAAUCCUUUUACAAAUAAGAUUUAUUUUAAUUUGAUUGAAAUUGAAAUCUCAACUGGAAUCAUAACCAGUAGUUAUAUACAAUUUAUAUUUCUCAAAAUAGGAUUUUGUAAUGACACCAUACCUCACAUUCACAAAGCCAUUGCCAUGUUCCAGGUAAAGAUCAUAUGAACUUUUAUAACUGACAUAGAACUUGUGACAUUA